AUGGCUAUACGACCAGUUUACCGACCUAAAAUUGUCAAGAAGAGGACGAAGAAGUUCAUUAGGCAUCAGUCCGACAGGUACUCGAAGCUAAAGCGCAACUGGCGUAAACCCAAGGGUAUUGACAACAGGGUAAGGAGGAGAUUCAAGGGCCAAUAUUUGAUGCCAAAUAUUGGUUAUGGAUCAGCAUCUAAAACUAGGCACAUGCUACCUACAGGUUUUAGAAAAGUGUUGGUACACAACGUUAAGGAACUAGAGGUUCUACUCAUGCAAAAUCGCAAAUACUGCGCUGAAAUAGCCCACGGUGUUUCAUCGAAAAAACGCAAAGAUAUCGUUGAACGUGCUCAACAAUUGAGCAUCAGAGUCACCAAUGGACACGCUAGAUUACGUAGCCAAGAGAAUGAGUAG